GGGGAGGCUGCUUGCUGCAACUCCUGCUGCCACUUCCGAGCCACGAGGUUCCAGUUGUUUGGCCAAAGUAGCCGUGGGCGAGCACACGCCUCUGCGGGGGCGGUCGCCGCUGAGCGCGUGCUCUGCGAGCCUGGGCACAUUUGGCUGGAAGCAGAAAGAAAUGCAGCAAGUUUUGGAAAACCUUACAGACCUGCCCUCAUCUACAGGAGCAGAAGAAAUAGACCUAAUUUUUCUGAAGGGUAUUAUGGAGAAUCCAAUUGUGAAAUCACUUGCUAAGGCUCACGAGAGGCUUGAAGAUUCAAAAUUAGAAGCUGUCAGUGACAAUAACUUAGAAUUAGUGAACGAAAUUCUUGAAGAUAUCACUCCUCUAAUAAGUGUGGAUGAAAAUGUAGCAGAACUGGUUGGCAUACUCAAGGAGCCUCACUUCCAGUCGCUCCUGGAGGCCCAUGAUAUCGUGGCGUCAAAGUGUUAUGAUUCGCCUCCCUCAAGCCCAGAAAUGAAUAAUUCUCUCAAUAAUCAGUUGUUGCCAGUAGAUGCCAUCCGUAUUCUUGGUAUUCACAAAAAAGCUGGAGAGCCGUUGGGUGUAACGUUUAGGGUUGAAAAUAAUGAUCUAGUAAUUGCCCGAAUCCUUCACGGAGGGAUGAUAGACCGACAAGGCCUGCUUCACGUGGGGGAUAUCAUUAAGGAAGUCAAUGGCCACGAGGUUGGAAACAACCCAAAGGAAUUACAAGAAUUACUGAAAAACAUUAGUGGAAGUGUCACCCUAAAAAUUUUACCAAGUUACAGAGAUACUAUUACUCCUCAACAGAGUUACGUCAAUCUGGAGAGGCAUCCAGCCCAUGUCCAUCAGGUCUUUGUCAAGUGUCAUUUUGAUUAUAAUCCUUUCAAUGACAACCUGAUACCCUGCAAAGAAGCAGGUCUGAAGUUUUCCAAAGGAGAAAUUCUUCAGAUUGUAAACAGAGAAGACCCCAACUGGUGGCAGGCUAGCCAUGUGAAGGAGGGAGGAAGUGCUGGUCUGAUUCCAAGCCAGUUCCUGGAAGAGAAGAGAAAGGCAUUUGUUCGCAGAGACUGGGACAAUUCAGGACCCUUUUGUGGAACUAUAAGCAACAAAAAAAAGAAAAAGAUGAUGUACCUCACCACCAGGAACGCAGAGUUUGAUCGUCAUGAAAUUCAGAUCUAUGAGGAAGUAGCAAAAAUGCCACCCUUCCAGCGAAAAACCUUAGUGCUGAUAGGAGCUCAGGGUGUGGGCAGAAGAAGCCUGAAGAACAGGUUCAUAGUACUGAGUCCUGCCAGAUUUGGAACCACAGUGCCAUUUACUUCACGGAAGCCAAGAGAAGAUGAAAAGGAUGGACAGGCAUAUAAAUUUGUGUCCCGAUCAGAGAUGGAAGCAGAUAUUAAAGCUGGAAAGUAUCUGGAGCACGGGGAGUAUGAAGGAAAUCUCUAUGGAACUAAGAUCGACUCUAUUCUCGAAGUUGUCCAGACUGGACGGACUUGCAUUCUGGAUGUCAAUCCACAAGCACUGAAAGUGUUGAGGACAUCUGAGUUCAUGCCUUACGUGGUAUUUAUUGCUGCUCCAGAGCUAGAGACCUUGCGUGCCAUGCACAAGGCUGUAGUGGAUGCAGGAAUCACCACCAAGCUUUUGACGGACUCUGACUUGAAGAAAACAGUGGAUGAAAGCGCGCGGAUUCAGCGAGCGUACAACCACUACUUUGACUUGAUCAUCGUAAAUGACAAUCUAGACAGAGCCUUUGAGAAAUUACAAACUGCCAUCGAGAAGCUGAGAAUGGAGCCACAGUGGGUCCCCAUUAGCUGGGUGUACUGACGAUUCCAUAAGGCUGACAGUUAAAUAAAACUCUUAAAAAGUGACUCAAAAAGUAAACCUCCUCCUGGGAGAACACGUGCAGAGGUA